AUGAUCCCUCGGUGGCUGCUGCUCACAUUUAGCCUGCUGCUGGCCUGGGCCAGCCUCGCGGCAGCAGGCAACGAGCCUAGAGUUGUAACUCACAAACUUGAAGGCCCGCCUACAGACCUCUUCUAUUUCAAAGGCACCAACACCGUCCUCUACCGCGACGACCGUCUCCGAGCCCAUGUCUCCUUCGAUGGCGGCGAGAAAUGGGAGGUGAUCAAGGGUAAGGAGGGAACUAUGGAGGGUGCAGCCCUGUUUAUCUGGAAGCACCCCUACGACGAUGACCGCGCAUACAUUCUGGGCAAGGAUGGGAAGCAUUGGAUUACAACGGAUCAGGCCAAGACUUGGAAACAGUUCAAGGUCGAUCUGGAGUUCUCUGUGACUAGUGCCCCUCUGGAAUUCCAUGGAUGGGAUGCGAAAAAGGUCAUCUUCAUGGGAGCGGAUUGCUCAUUGCCAUUCUGCCCACCGAGAGCGUUCUACACCACCAACGAUUUCCAAGACGUGCACCCCCUCCGCGAACUUACACUCCAAUGCAUGUGGGCUGCCAGCCGUCCGCAGUUCGGUCAGGAUAUCGAUGUGCCGAAAUCGAUCGGGGAUCGAAUCAUGUGUGUCGUCCCUGGGCUGAGGGGUCCGUUCGACCAUACCGUUACCGAACGCCUGAUUUACACGGACAACUACUUCAAGGAUGAUGAGGAUGGUGUGGAUGCAAAACUCGAUCAUGGACGACCAUUGAGUGGUGUGAGUGCGCAGGUUCGCUCUGUGACUAAGUACCUGGUGGCGCGAGUUCAGUCUCGCGGAACCCAGGAGCAGGCUCUCUAUGUCAGUGACGACGCGACUGUCUGGCACCGCGCAGAAUUCGGCUCGCACCGUAUCGAGGAGGACGCGUAUACCAUUCUGGAAAGCACAAACUACAGUAUCCAGAUUGAUGUCCAGACGACAAUGCACAAGAACCGCAUGGGAAGUUUGUUCUCGUCUAAUUCCAAUGGCACCUACUUCACCAAAAACAUCGAUCACACCAAUCAGGAUACUCGUGGAAUCGUUGACUUUGAAAGAGUCACUGAUAUCCAGGGUAUCACCAUUGUCAACACGGUCAAGAAUUGGGAAGAGGCCAAGAAGUCUGAUUCGACUGAGAAGAAGCUUGUCAGCAGUAUCAGCUUUGACGAUGGUAGAACCUUCCAGUCUCUCAAGGCUGACAAGGAGGAGCUUCACAUUCACUCUAUGACCAAGUACUUUGAGAUGCGCAAACUGCCCAUGCCUGGCCACCGGAUGUUCUCCAGUCCUGCUCCUGGCUUGGUCAUGGGUGUGGGAAACACUGGUGAUCACUUGAAGGAGUACGCUGACGGUGACUUGUAUGUCUCUGAUGACGCUGGUUUGACCUGGCGACGCGCCCUGAAGGGUCCGCAUCGGUACGAGUUUGGCGACCAGGGUGGUGUCAUUCUCGCCGCCAGCGACGGCAAGACAAAGAAAAUCCAGUACUCCAUCGAUCACGGCAAGGAAUGGGAGUCGAUCUCUCUGGAUCACGAGGUUGUGCCUCUCUACCUCAUUUCGACGCCCGACUCUACCAGCCUCAGGUUCCUGCUCGUUGGCAUCUCUGCUGAGAAAGGCGAGAAGGAGUUUGUGAUGUCCUUCAUUGACUUCGACGGUCUCCAUGAGCGCGAGUGCGGCUCUGGUGAUCUGGAAGAGUGGACCGCCCGACUAGACGAGAAGGGUGAACCAGACUGUCUGAUGGGUCAGAAGCAGUUCUUCCACCGCCGGAAGCCAAAUGCGGAUUGCUUCAUCAAGAAGGAGUUCGCCAUCGCUGGUCCCGAGUUCAAGCCCUGCAAGUGCUCAGCCGAAGACUUCGAAUGCGAUUACAACUUUAUCCGCAGUGAAGACCGCAAGGAGUGUGUUCCCGCUGUUCCGUUGACUGCGCCCGCCGGAGCUUGCAAGGAGCCUACCGACAAGUACAUGGGUCCCUCUGGAUGGCGGUUGAUCCCUGGAAAUGCCUGUAUCCGUGAGGGAGGCGAGAACCUCGAGAAACAGAUUGAACGCUCGUGUUCGAACUCCACAGACACUGCACCAAUUACCGAUGGUAAACCUCGCGCGGGCAAGCCACAUAGCAUCUCCGCUAAGCAGACGACACACUUCUAUCUGGAGCGACAGGCUAGUAAUACCGGAACCGAUGAGACUAUCAUUAUGCUUGCUGACAAGGAGCUCUACAUCUCCCGCGACCAUGGUCACAAAUGGAAGCGUGCUGUUGAUGACAAGAUCAUGUCAAUGGUUGAGCAUCGUUACUUCAGUGACGCUGCUUUCUUCAUCACUGAUAGCAAGAAGGUCUGGUACACCAUCAACCAUGGAGAAUCCUUCCACUCAUUCACCGCGCCCAGCGCGCCCACCAAAGAGGAUCUCCGAACGCUGGCUUUCAACGAAAAGAAGCGGGACUCUCUCAUCUGGAUCGGUCACAAGGACUGUGAGGGAGAGCGCUGUCGUUCGGAGGCAUACAUCACCGACAAGCGUGGCGCCAGCUGGGACCCAAUGCUGAUUGGAACUGGUAAUUGCGACUUUGCGGCCCACGAGGGCCGCAACGGCAGCGAUUCCUUGGUGAUCUGUGCGCAGUACAAGGACGAGGAGAAGAAAAAUAACCUGCAGCUAGUGACCAGUGACGACAAGUUCUCCACUAAGGAGACACCGUUUGAAAGCAUCGCUGAUUACGGUACGAAGAAUGAUUUCGUUGUUGUGGCUCAUUACGGCGGUGCGGACAAGAAAUUCAUGAACGCCAGUGUCAGUGUCGACGGACGCACUUACGCGGAAGCUCACUUCCCCUUCAACAUCAAUGUCCCCGGAUACACCAUCCUCCAAAGCUCCCCGCACGCCCUGUUCCUCCUUGUGGCGACCAACAUGGGCGAGGGACGCAAUUUCGGCUCUGUGGUCAAGUCGAACAGCAAUGGCACUUAUUUCGUCCAGAGUCUGGAGGCUGUCAACCAAAACGACCGAGGCAUGGCCGACUUUGACAAAAUGGAAGGUCUGGAAGGUGUGCUCGUUGCCAAUGUCGUGAUCAACUCCGAAGAUGUUAAGACCAAGGGCAGCACCAAGAAGCUUCGCACUGUGAUCUCACACAAUGAUGGAGGUCAAUGGGCGCUGGUGCCUCCUCCACUGAAAGAUGUCGAUGGCAAGAAAUUUGACUGUUCAGUGACCGAAGGAAAGGGCACUGGGAAAUGUGCUAUUCACUUCCAUGGCUUUGCUGAACGCCGUAAUUACCGGCACACCCUGUACUCCGGCUCUGCGGUCGGUCUCAUGCUCGCGCAGGGCAAUGUUGGCGACAGCCUUGGCCCCGCCACUGAGGCCGAUACCUUCCUCACCAAUGACGGUGGUAUCUCCUGGCACCAGGUGAAGAAGGGUGCAUACAUGUGGGAGUACGGUGCCGCAGGCUCAGUCAUUGUCCUUGUCGCCGAGAACAAGGCCACCAAUGUGGUUCACUACACGCUCGAUGAGGGUGCCACCUGGAACGAGUUCCAGUUCACGGAGAAGGAAAUGGUCAUUCACGACAUCUCCACCGUUCCAUCUGAUACCUCCAAGAACUUCCUCCUUUGGGGUACAGACGGCGGCAAGACCGUGACUAUUCCUCUCGACUUCAGUGGUAUCUGGAGUCGGGACUGCAAGGACGACGAAAAAGACUACUUCAUGUGGACCCCUAGCCACCCCUUCCAGGAAGAAAACUGUCUCUUCGGACAUGUUCAGGAGUAUCACCGCAAGAACCCCAAAGCCGAAUGCUGGAAUGCCUGGCGAGAGCCUCACAUCCACAGCAUCGGCCGGAACUGCACAUGCACACGAGCCGACUUUGAAUGUGACUACAACUACGAAAUGCAGAAGGAUGGAAGCUGUGGUCUGGUCCCCGGUCUGCCCAAACCCGACCACAUCAGUCAGUGCACUGCCGACCCAGAGCGAGUGGAAUACUGGGAACCCACAGGGUACCGCCGCAUCCCCCAGACCACCUGUCAAGGUGGACUCAUUCUGGACCAAGACGUGUCGCAUCCCUGUCCCAACAAGGAAGAAGAGUACAACAAGAAGCACGGCAUCAGCGGCGUAGGACUCUUCUUCGCGAUCGUGAUUCCCAUCCUUGCCGCCGUCGCCGUGGGCUGGUACGUGUACACCCACUGGGAUGGCAAAUUCGGUCAGAUCCGUCUGGGCGAGAGCAGCUCGUCCAGUCGGGAUGCGCUCGCCAUCCCCGUUGCUAUCAUUGCGGGCGUCGUGGCUGUGGCCCAGGCCGUGCCCCUGUUGGUUAGUAGUCUCUUCCGGAGUGCGGGUGGGCUGUUUAAGCGAGGUCAACGACCGUAUGCGACGCGCGGGUCCUUCGCUGCCCGUCGCGGCGAUUACAGUCACGUCGUUGAUGACGAGGAUGAGUUGCUGGGUCCUGAUGAAUUCGAUGAAGAAGAAGAAGCUUGA